AUUGCUAAACGUCAGACACUGUGACAGGUUUUCGAUGUUAAAUAUAUAAACAAAAUAGUAUAAUAUACUAUUUCGUUUUGCCUGAUUUUCACAUAUUUGAAUCAGAGCGUGAAGCUUAAAUCAAUAAGCAGAAAUUUAAUUCGUUUCUGAAAAAAAAUAUGUGUAAAAGAACUGUCAAUAUAUCGGAUAUGUUUAUGAAAUGCUAACAGUUCGGACAACACAUAUGUUUCCGGUACCUUAGAAGAUCUGAUAGAACUGAUAUCGUUUUUUCUUCUUCUGGUACAACACUUCUUCGAAAUAGAAGAUUUUGUGCCUGUAUGUUACAUUGAAUCUCAAUUUUUGUAGGAAUAGAGAUUAGCUUCAAGAAACUUUAAUUGCUUCGUGUGAUAAGCAUUUUAAACAAAUAUUUGGGUCAAAUUGGCUUAACAUGAAUAAUAUUUUGGCCUUUAUUUUUUUCAAUUUAUCCAGAGAUCAAGAAAGUUCCUACUAAUUUAUAAAAUACAAGGGAUAAUUAAUUUAACAAAAAUGACAUUAACAGAUCAGCAUUCUGUAUCAGGUAAUGUGAAAGCCAACAUUGCAGCUGUUUCUUCAGCAGUGCUCUAUGGUGCAUCCUCUGUUGCUAUUGUCUAUGUCAACAAGCUUUUAAUGACUUCCUUCUCAUUUGACUACCCAGUAUUUAUAAUGGCUUCACAAAUGACAUUCACAAUACUGCUGCUUGAACUUCUUAGUUUAAUAAACAUCAUCAACAUGCCAAAGUACACCUUGGAAAGAGCCAAGAUGUUUGCACUGCCUGCAUUGUUCUAUGGAGUCAAUUCUGUAUUGGCCCUCAGUGCUCUCAGUAACAUGAAUCCUGCCAUGUAUGGAGUGCUGAAGCGCUGUGUCCCUGUAGUCACUCUGCUCAUGUCAGUGGUUAUUUUCAAGAAAGGCUGGCCUUCCAGACUCACCAUCCUAUCCGUGCUAAUGCUCACACUGGGCUGUGUUGUUGCAGGUUAUGGAGAUUUGAAGUUCAACAUGCUUGCGUACACAUGUGGAGCCUUGAGUAAUGUCACACAGGCCGCAUACCUCCUCCUGGUGCAGCGACUCACCAAAGGCAAGCUGACCACUGUGGAGUCUCUGCAGCUCAACAGUAUCAACACUCUGCCAUUCUUGAUAUUGAUAUGUGUAACAAACGGAGAGGUGGUAAAAAUUAGGACGUUUGAGCAAUAUCACUCGAUAUCAUUCAUUGCAGUUUUCAUUUUAGCCAUAAGUCUUGGAUGCUUGUUAAACUACUCAUUGUUUUUAUGCACCAGUCUGAAUUCUGCACUGACGACCAGCAUUGUAGGUGGCAUAAAGGCGCUUGCUCAAACAUUGUUGGGAGUUUUCACGUUUGGAGGGGUGAGUCACAACCUGCCCACUUUUGCAGGUCUCUCCAUGAGCAUGCUAGGUGCUGUAUUCUAUUUGUACGCAAAGUACACAGAACACAAAACAAAACAUUUGGUAGAUUUGAAAAAAGUCAUGACAUUUUCCGCUUUUGAAGAAUUAAAAGAUGACAAGGAGUUAAAUGAGAUGGAAAUAAAGAUAAAUGGGGUUACCAAUCAAGCUGUAUUUGUUGAGAUGGACAAGAGAGCUACUUAAUACUAUGUGGGCUUGCAUUGUUCGCUGAAAAAUAUGUUGAAGGAAUUUAUUGUACAAUGCCUACCAAAAUAAAAGCAUUUCCAUAAGCAGCAGAGCUGUUAUUAUUGACAGAAAGAUUGUGAUAGGAUGAGACAAAAAGUAUUAUUGAGCUACUUUUCAAUGUUCAGUAAUUAUAUGUGCCUUUAUGUAGUGUUUAGUUUUACACAAUAAAUAAAAUCAAUUGAUUUUAAAUUCCAGGUUAUGAAAGUUUAAUGAAUUUUUUCCUUUAUAUUGAUUAUCCUUUUUAUCAAUCAAAGAAAAUUUCAAAAUUAUUAUUACUUUACUUCAUUGGUCAGCAAAUAUAGCAUCUUUAUAUAUGCAUUGAAAAUUCUGUAACAUUCCAUUUACCAUUAAAUGUAGCGGGAUUUUGGGGAUAAUUGAUUGCACAUGUACAUGUAUUGUUUUCAUGGGAAUUUGUCGUGGGGACUUAUCAGUCAACAUAUUUAUUGUGGGUUGUAUUUUGCAUGUUGAUUUGGGGCGAUUAAACCAUAUCGUUAUAUUAUUUCACAUUGUAUGCACUCUCAUAUAUCUUUCAAAAGUAUAUUUAUUUUUUUUAUUUCGAGUUAAAUUUGUUCAGUGGUAUCUGAAAACAGAAAUCUAUAUGUCUAAAAAUAAAGUUCAAAAGUACACUUCCUUUAAAGUUAGUUAAGUUAAACCAGUUCAUUUAAUUCUUACAAAAUAGGUAUUUUAAACAUACAUUGAUUCUGAAUAGACACCUUUUAUGCUCCCUUUCGAAGAGUGACUGUCCGUAUUUCUGUCUGUCUGUCUGUGUGUCCAUCUUUCUGUCACACUUUGUGUUUAGGUUUCUAAAAAUGCGCAUAACUUCUAUGUCCCUUGAGAUGUAACCUUCAUAUUUGGUAUGCAUGUGUAUAUGGACAAGGCCUUUCCAUACGCACACAAUUUUUUACCCCUGUGACCUUGACCUUGAACUUGGGGUCCGCGUUUAGGUUUCGAAAUCUGCGUUUAGGUUUCGAAAAAUGCUCAUAACUUCUAUGUCCCUUGAGAUAUAACCUUCAUCAUUUGGUAUGCAUGUGUAUAUGGACAAGGCCUUUCCAUACGCAUAAAAAAAAUUACCCCUGUGACCUUGACCUUGAACUUAAGUCCGCGUUUAGGUUUCGAAAUCUGCGUUUAGGUUUCGAAAAAUGCUCAUAACUUUUAUGUCCUUUAAGAUAUAACCGACAUAUUUGGUAUGCAUGUGUAUAUAAACAAGGCCUUUCCAUAUGAACAAAAAUUUUGAUCCCUGUGACCUUGACCUUGAACUUAGGGUCCGCGUUUAGGUUUCGAAAUCUGCGUUUAGGUUUUGAAAAAUGCUCAUAACUUCCAUGUCCCUUGAGAUAUAACCUUCAUAUAUGGUGUGCAUGUGUAUAUGGACAAGGCCUUUCCAUACGCACACAAAUUUUGACCCCUGUGACCUUACCCUUGAACUCAGGGUCAGCAUUAAGUUUCGAAAUCUGCGUUUAGGUUUCGAAAAAAGGUCAUAACUUCUAUCAAGCGUUUAUAGGGGGCAUAAGUCAUCCUAUGGUGACGGCUCUUGUUUGGUUCAAUAUUGAUUUUCUAUCUUGUUUUAUAGAAAAAAAACUGUAUAUUUGAAGGUACAAGCAUGGUGCAAGCUUUUGCAGAGCAACAUUAUUUACUAAGUUUGGUUAACAAUGUUGUUUUUGCUGAAUAAAAAAUUGUUCAUACAUCAAAAUAUAAAAGAAAAAUGUGCAUACAUGUAUCUGUUGGUUGUGUGCAUUAUUGCAGAUGUUAACUAUUUAAGUUUCACCUGGCUUAAUGGCCAGAUAUAUGUUUGUUAUAGUUUUUUGGGGUUAAAAUAUAUGUUUGUUACAGUUUUUUGGGUUAAAAUAUAUGUUUGUUAUAGGUUUUUUGGUUGAAGAGAUUUGCUUUAUAUUUUACAUUCUAGAGAGGUAUGAUAAAUAUGCUGUUAAUAAAUCAAAGCACUCACUUGUGACAUUGUUAUUAAAUACAGUUUUGUGUGUGUGUUUUUUUUCACGCCAUUUUAUCCCAUGCUAUUUAUUAACUAUUUUUUCAAAUUUCCAAAAACCAAUAGCAAGCAGCUACAUUAUAAGUUGUUUAUUGACGUGACGUCUUUUGAAGUUGACAAUGUCAUUUCACCAGGUUGUAAAAGGUCAGUCCAGAAAAGUUUGCCAAUAAAAACACUUAAAUGUUAUCGAAAACAUGUUUAUGGUUAAAAUAAUUGUAAUUGAUAUAUUACAUGGGAAACAAUGUAUAGUUCUAGUAUUUGAUUAUAGAGUAGAUGUCAGUUUUUACUCAUAUAUUAAUUUGAUUUAUCAGUAUUAAGUCAAAACAUUUACAUUCAAGGUUGCUAUUUAUGUUAUGUGUUCUCAUCAAUUAGAAUCUACAUUCGAUGAAGUUGUACAUUUGUAUCAGUAACAUGCAUAUUGCAAUCAGCAUUUACAUAAACAUCCAAUGGUGUUAUACAUUUAUUGCACUUUUAUGCUCAAUGAAAUCCACAUUUAUGUUCAAUGAGAUUACAUAAUAACUGUUCAUGUUCUCAAUUGAAGUUUUUAUCUAUGAUCAGUUGAUCUGUGAUACAUUAUUCAGAUGUUGUUUCUGUUGUUAUGAAAUAUAUAUUCCAAAGUUAUUUAAACAUUAAAUUUUACCAUUGUUGUAUAGAUCUCAUGUAAAGUUAUUAAAUGGUUCAUGCAAUUUCUGCAUGUAUUUAUUGCACAUAUUGAAAUUAUUUACAUGUAUGUGGGCAAUAUUCGUUCUUGACUAAUUUUAUCAAGCUUGUUUUUGUGUUCAGCUUUGCUGAAUCUUUAUUAGUGUAAGAGUAAUUUUGAAUUAUGUUUUGUAUCAGUCACAUACCAGCGAGACAUGUUGUGGACUUAGUGUAUUGCACAUUUGCAUCUGUCCAUAUGUUCCAUUAUGAGUCCCAUCUUUUUUUAUAUAUAAAUAAUUAAAUAACUUUAAAUUGUCCCCAUCAUAAGAUGAUAAUUUAUGUUCUCAAUGAACGGUCAAGGUCACAAUUUAAGGCAAACUAAUUGCCACGUUUUUGUUAGCUCUUAAACUGUGUAUUAUUUAGAUAAUGUUGUAAAAUUCUAAGCAGAAAUGUUAAAGAUUAUACGACAAUAUGGCUUGAUUGGUCAUUGUCGUCUUUGGUACUACUUAAAUGUACCCCAGAUACUCUUAAGUAUACUUAAAUGUACCCCGGGUAUGGAAAAUAUGCUGAAACGUACCCGGGAAAUCUAACGCUAAAUUGGUCGUUGACGGCUUUUUAUCUCAAAUUAAUUAUGUUCAUUUCGUAUUUCAUAAAAUGUUUUACAACAUCUGGUUUUGGGUGGGAAUAACACUCGGGUACAGUCUAAGUUGGCCGGGUACGUUUUAGUAUAUUUUCCAUACCCGGGGUCCAUUAAAGUAUACUUAAUAGCACCCGGGGUACAUUUAAGUAGUACUUGAGCCGACAAUGACCAAUCAAGCGACAAUGUGCAACACCUAAGAUCCAGGUCUGUAAUUCAAAGGUCAAGUUCACACUUCAAUGAUAAAAUUGUUUGCUUUUUGCGUUCAUCAUUUUCCCACCACCUUCAAAGAAAAGGUUGUUUAUUAUUUUCUUGAUAUUUGUAGGUCUGUUCUCAUGGAACUGUAGUCACAUUUUGUGACUAAUGGUGUCUCUUGUUACUUUCCACACAUCACAAAAAAUGUGAUUUUCUAAUGCCUUUACCGGUAAUUGAAUUUCAUUUCAAUAGUUUCCUGUAUUAACAUUAAAAGAACCAAGUUCUGCCUUUACAAGUAUAUGUUUAUACUGGUCAAUUUAGAAAUGUUUAGUGUCAGUGAUAAUACAUGCGAAAAUUCAACUUUCAUUUCGUUUUUGUGAAUAGGUUUUGUGCAUGCUAUUGUUGUCAUAGCAACUUAAAAUAAAGAAACAAUAUUAUUUCAUACACGUUACUUCCGAAAUAAAAACAACAACAUUUGUUUAAUAAACAGUCCAUUUUGGUCGUUUUUAUAAAUUUUGUGAUGGAUAUUUUCUUUCAUGAAAUUGGACAAUUCAUGAAAUGUCUUCAUCAAAGCAUGUUUAUUUAUAAUGCACAUACAUUAAUGUUUUAUUUCACACAUGUAUUACUUUAAUUAUGGAUUACAUUGUAAAUAAGGUUGGGUGAAUAGAGCAAACGUAUCUGUGUUUUUGGUUUCUACUUUAAUUGCAAAUCCAAUUAAUUUUGUUUAGAUUUUUAACUUGUGUUAUUUAAGUUGGUAUUAAAUAAUGAAAACUUU